GUUAUUAUUGUCAAGACUGAAGGUCAACAGAGGCCAAAUCAUUUCUUCAUUGAUAUCAGCAUCAUUAUGAUAAAAAUCGCAUUUUAGUUAAUAGUGUUAACAAAACUGUGCCAUUAAAAUCAAGAUAAAAAUGCCGUUGUGGGCCUCAUUGUUACAAAACACAAAUUUCGGCGUUCAAAUAACAACAAGAAGAUGGAACAGUACUUUGAGAAGGAUAGAUAAAUUAUUAAUUGCAAAUAGAGGUGAGAUAGCUUGUCGUGUGUUGAGGACUGCCCGCCGGUUGGGCGUAAAAACGGUCGCGGUUUAUAGCGACGCUGAUAAGAAUUCGUUACACGUUUCACAGGCAGAUGAGGCCUAUAACAUCGGCCCUCCCCAAGCCUCGCAAAGUUACCUCCGAGGUGACAAAAUUUUAGAAGUAGCGCACAAAUCCGGCUGUCAGGCGAUCCAUCCAGGCUACGGCUUCCUUUCCGAAAAUGUGGAAUUUGCGGAAAAUUGCGAAAAAAACAAAAUCAUUUUCAUGGGCCCUCCGGCUUCGGCGAUUCGCGACAUGGGAAUCAAAAGCAAAUCGAAGGAAAUUAUGUCGAAAGCCGGGGUUCCCAUAAUCGGGGGUUACCACGGGGAAGACCAAGACAGGGCCAAGCUCAAAGCAGAAGCCCUGAAAAUCGGAUUUCCCGUCAUGAUAAAAGCCGUGAGAGGUGGUGGCGGCAAAGGAAUGAGGAUAGCUCUCACGGAGUCUGAAUUUGAGGAAGCCUUGGAGUCGGCCAAAAGUGAGGCGCAGAAAGCUUUCGGCGAUUCUGUGGUGCUUUUGGAGAAAUUCGUGCAAGAGCCGAGGCACGUGGAAGUGCAGGUUUUUGCAGAUAUGCAUGGCAAUGCUGUUCACUUGUUCGAACGGGAUUGUUCGGUGCAGAGGAGGCAUCAGAAAAUUAUAGAGGAAGCGCCAGCGCCGGGAAUAAGCGAAGAAUUGAGGGCUGAACUGGGGGCUGCUGCCGUAAGAGCUGCCAAAGCGGUUGGGUAUGUGGGGGCCGGGACGGUGGAAUUUAUUCUAGACAGGAAAAGUCACAAUUUUCAUUUUAUGGAAAUGAAUACGCGAUUGCAGGUAGAACACCCGAUAACGGAGAUGAUUACAGGAACCGAUUUGGUGGAAUGGCAAAUAAAAGUCGCUCGAGGUGAAAAGUUGCCAUUAACUCAGGAGGAAAUAACACUGAGUGGCCACGCGUUUGAGUCUCGAAUUUACGCGGAGGACCCAAGUGGGGGCUUUUUGCCAGGGGCUGGUGUUUUGUCGUAUUUGAGUAGUCCCCAAGUUCGGGAUGACAUGAGGAUUGAAACUGGCAUUCGAGAAGGGGAUGAAGUGUCGGUUCAUUACGACCCCAUGAUUGCCAAACUGGUCGUUUGGGGCCAAAACAGAUCUGAAAGUCUCCUAAAAAUGCAAUCCCUUCUCUUGCAGUAUAACGUGGCAGGUUUGGAAACCAACGUUAAUUUCCUUCUAGAUCUUGUAAGGCAUCCGGAAUUUAUUUCCGGAAACGUUCACACUAAUUUCAUUAAAGAAAACAAUGAUAGUUUAUUUAAAAAUAAAACCGUAACUCCAACGCAAAUCACUCAAGCAGCUUUAAGCGUGGUUUUAAAAGACGAGUUAUUAGACAUGAAAAAUGCCAUGGGUCGAAAUGACCAAUUUAACCCAUUUGUGGUUGAAUCUGGGUUCCGAAUUAACCACAACUUGAUUCGCGACGUCAAAAUGAAAUUUAAGGAUGAAGAAAAACUAGUUAAAGUAAAAUUUAUUGGCCACAACACGUACCACAUUUCGCUCGAUGAGGGAAAGACCUGGAGUGUAGUUCAGGGCGAAUUUAACAAAGAAAGUCUAAAAAGCACAAUUGAUGGUAUCACCACCAGUGUGAAUGUUUUCAGGGGUGACGACGUUAUUGCAAUUUUCGAUGAUAGUGGUAAAGUUGAAUUUAAUUUAGAAAAGCCAUCGUUUGUGACAAUUCAAGAAGAUGAUUCUUCGGCAGGAGGUUCGUUGAACAGAGCUGUUGCCCCAAUGCCCGGUGUCAUAGACAAGGUCUUGGUCAGUGCUGGAGACCAAGUGAAAAAAGGAGAUUCGCUUUUUGUCUUAAUAGCUAUGAAAAUGGAACAUGUGGUGAAGGCCGAUCGGGACGCUGUUAUUGAAAAUAUUUAUUUCAAAGUCGGUGAUAACGUCCAGAAGGAUGUUACUGUUAUACAAUUUAAGGAGGAAAAUGUGUCUAGCUAAAAAUUUUGAAUAAAUUUUGAGUUCUA